AUGAGAGGGAGAAGAGGCAGGCCGCCCAAACAAGCACUGAUGCAGGAGGCUUCCCCAGCGCCAGUCCGCGGUUCCAGAGGCAGGCGGGGAAUGCGUGGAAGAGGACGGGGAUCUGUCGAUUCAGAGAUGGUUAUUCCCAGGAGGGGAAAUUACCACUCUUCCAGGGGCAGAAGAAAAGUUGGUGCAACCACAACAUCCAGGGGUAGAGGAAGAGGCAGGGGCUCGAGAGGUGGCCGUGGAGGCAGGGGGAGACGGCCACCGAGCAAGAUAGUGUAUGAUGACCAUGAGAGUGAUGACGAGGAUGCCGUAAGUUUACGAUCAGAUGAAGAUGAGUUUUUACGUGAACCCCCUCUUUCGGAUGAAGAAGAGGAGCCAGUUGAUGAUGGGUCCGAUUAUAUGGAAGAAAUACCAGAUGAGGAUGAUGCCAGCUACUGCACGGAGAGCAGUUUUCGGAGCCACAGUACGUAUGGCGACACACCAGGACGCAGGAGGCCGCGUGUUCACCGGCCACGUUCACCCAUCUUCGAGGAGAAGGAGGUCCCUCCUCUGGAGCUGCCGAAAACCUCGGACGACCUGCUCGUCCCGGCCACGCAGCUGCUUACCGUGGCCUCCAUCUACGAGGUCCUGCGCAACUUCAGCGCCGUCCUCCGUCUCUCCCCGUUCCACUUUGAGGACUUUUGCGCGGCGUUGGCGGGCGUCGAACAGUGCACGUUGAUCGCCGAGACACACAUAGCCCUGCUGAAGGCCAUCCUGCGGGAGGAGGACACCUCCAACACCACCUUUGGCCCUGCUGACCUCAAAGACUCUGUCAACUCCACCCUCUACUUCAUAGACGGAAUGACCUGGCCUGAGGUGGUGCGGGCGUACUGUGAGAGCGACCCAGAGUACCACCAUGUGCUGCAGUACCUGGAGAACGAGGACUACCCUUACGAACCCCUGGAGAACAAAGUGAAAGUUCUGCAGUUUCUCGUGGACCAGUUUUUGGCAACCAACCUGGCACGGGAGGAGCUGAUGUCGGAAGGCGUGGUCCAGUACGACGACCACUGCCGCGUGUGCCAUCGCCUCGGCGACCUGCUCUGCUGCGAGACGUGCUCGGCCGUCUACCACCUGGAGUGCGUCAAGCCGCCGCUGGAGGAGGUGCCCGAGGACGAGUGGCAGUGCGAGGUGUGCGUGGCGCACCGGGUGCCCGGCGUGUCGGACUGCGUCACGGAGACGCAGAAGAGCCGGCCCUACAUCCGCCAGGAGCCCGUCGGCUUCGACAGACACCGCAGGAAGUACUGGUUUCUCAAUCGUCGGAUCAUCGUGGAGGAGGACGGGGAACAUGAAAACAAGACCAUCUGGUACUACAGUACGAAGGUCCAGCUUGCCGAGCUGAUCGACAGUCUCGAUAAGUCUUACUGGGAGAAACACCUGUACGCUGCCCUGGAGGAGCUGAGGGAGGAGAUACACACUCACAUGGACAUCACCGAAGAUCUGACCAACAAGGCUCGAGGCAGCAACAAAAGCUUCCUCGCCGCAGCCAACGAGGAGAUUCUUGAGCGACUGAAAGCAAGACAGGAGGAGGAAAUGGAGGAGGUGAAGCGAAAAGCAGCAGAGGAAAUGGAAAAAAGCAAGGGAGAGGGGGGUCUCGAUCAGGCAGCUGGUACGGAAGGGAAAGACACAGAGCCUGGGAGAGAAAAAUCCCCCCAAAGCCAAACAGGCUCAGACAAAGCUACCCCACCAGAAAAGACAUCUGACGCGAAGUCUCAGGGUGGUGAGGGGAGCUCCCCCCAUGUGAGCCGCCCCCCCCAAAUGACUGACGAGAACAGCAACAGCAGCCAGGUGUCAGGUCUCAAGGGCGCAGAUGAGCCUGAUGCUACUGAUAAAGCCUCUACGACCAGCCAAGAUGACACAGGUGAUGGGAAGGAGAAAGCCAACGGUGAGACAGCAGUGGCCAGUACACGUGGACCCUCUGCCACCACACGCAUGGUCACGCGCCUACGAAACCCUGACAGCAAGCUUAGCCAACUCAAGAGUCAACAGGUGGCUGCCGCAGUGCAUGAAGCAAACAAAGGAUACAAGGAGGGUAAAGAGGUGCUAGUGAUAAACCAGCAGGGAGAGAUAGCACGUGUCAGCACACGCGGCGGCAAAGACCCGGUCAUGAAGGGCACGUUGGGCCACUGCUUCAGACUGGGCCAAGAGGGCAAAUACCGGGUCUACCAGAACCAGUACAGCACCAACACGCUCGCCCUGAACAAACACCAGCAUCGAGAGGACCACGACAAGCGUCGGCACCUCUCACACAAGUUCUGCAUGACCCCCGCCGGAGACUUCAAAUGGAACGGCUCAGUGCACGGCUCCAAGAUGCUGACCAUCUCCACGCUACGCCUCACCAUCAUCCAACUGGAGAACAACGUCCCCGCGCCUUUUCUCCACCCAAACUGGGCUUCCCACAGAUCCAACUGGAUCAAAGCGGUGCAGAUGUGCAGUAAAGCCCGGGAGUUCGCUCUGGCCCUGGCCAUUUUGGAGUGUGCUAUUAAGCCCGUGGCGUUGCUCCCUGUGUGGAAAGAUGCGCUCGGACACACCAGGUUGCACCGAAUGACCUCCAUUGAGAGAGAGGAGAAGGAGAAAGUAAAAAAGCGAGAGAAAAAAUUAGAAGAAGAGGAAACGAUGCAACAGGCCACCUGGGUUAAAUACACCUUUCCCAUAAAGCACCAGGUAUGGAAGCAGAAGGGAGAGGAAUACAGAGUGACAGGCUACGGUGGGUGGAGCUGGAUCAGUAAAACAUACGUGCAUCGCUUCUUCCCUCGGUUACCAGGCAACACCAAUGUCAAUUACCGCAAAGAUCUGGAGGCUGCUAGAUGCAGUAAGAAGAUGAUAGAAUUCAACAAGAAGAGUGUUUUGAGGAUUUGUGAGGUUCCAGAAAUCUCACCAAGUCGAGAAAAAGACAUUUCUUCCGAUCUCUCGAAAACCGUUUCUUUCGGAGAGGUAGAGGACAAAAAGGAAGACGAGGGUGAUGAACAGGCUGCAGACGAUUCUAAAGAAGACCAAGGUCAAAUGGAGACGGAGCCAAGUGCACCUGAUUCAAGGCAGAAUGAGGAGAAAGACAAAAGUGAGCGUAUCAGCCCCUCAUCAUCAGGGGAUGGCACUAUCAAGCAAGAAGUGGGAGACACCAGACCUGUUUCUCCAAGGCAACGGCCCUUCAAUUACGAUGUGGUAGAUGUUAGCAAGGGCUUUCUUCUCCGGACAGCCUACAAGAAAAAAGUGAAAGCCUCCAAGCUGGAUGGCCUGCUGGAGCGCCGGGUCAAACAGCACAACCUUGAAGAGAAGCAGAGGUCGGAAUGCGUCAGAAAAGCUGACGGUGUCACCAAGGGUGUGGGGGUUUUGACGUCAAAUUUUGACAGUCCUGUUAAGGUUGAAAAUAAGCCUGUCAUGGCGUCCGAAAGCUUAGCAGCAAAAGCGGGAAAAAUGGGGGAGGGUCCAGUGUCUUUAACUAGAAUAGCCAAAGAUCAAAGCAGCAUAGAUACAGGAUCUAGUGGUUCCCCAAACCAACUGGACAAGCAGUCUGAGGGGGUCAGAGUCCCUGUGAUGACUGAUGGGAUGGGGGACGGGACUUUGGAACAGACGAGGCCAAAUGGGGGUAAUGUCGGAACGGGGCCGAGUCUGUGUCCGCUUGGCACUGAGUCGAAGGAGCAAGUGACAGUACCACAGACUGAUCAGCAGGAUGUCACAACGGACUCCGCAAGUACGCAACAGCCUGUCGGCUUCACACUCCCGACGACUGAGGACGCAAGGAGGAACAGGGUUGCUGAAACGGGGACAAAGAACACAGAGGCUUCUUCCUCCACCCAGGAAACGAACUCGACCGCGAUGUCUGUAUCCACAGAUUCUCCUUCAGUCAACAAGUACCUCAAUAACCAGACGCCUGACACAAAAGCCUCUGGGGAGAAUGGGAGAGGAUGCAGGGAAGGUGAUGGGCAGGUAAACCAACUAGGUAGCAGGCAUGACCGCGUUACAGAAACAGCCCAGCAGCCAACCUUACCACUUCGUGUGAAUGGACAAAAUGCAACAGUGGUAGAACCUGUCUCAAAGUCAUUGACUGGUGUUACGGACUCGUCGUCAGUUCUGGCCAAUAGCAGAGAGACCAAGGUAAACAGCACAGGUUUGGAAGAUGAUGGGAAGGCGCCUUCACUCAAGGGUGCUUUUAAAUCGAUGUUGAAUGGGAACACAGCUUUGGAUGGGGAGCUUGACAAGAUCAACAGCACAGGCUUGCCUUCUUUAGCAGAUACAGGCCAGAAUCCCGACUACCUGCCUCCGCAGAAGUUGCCAAAAUUUGGGAACACAGUGGAGGAUCUAGCCUUGUCUUCUCCAGGUGUCCCCAAGGAGGACCCUACAACUGAAAGCAAGGAGCACAACAGUGCUGACAAGGCAGAGGUCACGACCUCUAGGACAAUAAUACCAUCCCCAGUGCUCUCAGCAGAAGAGUCCAGCCUUAGCAAUGACUUUGUUGAGGGGAACUGUACCGGCGAAAGCAACACAUUCACAGAAAAAACAGUCUUUACGCAGGUAACUACUACUACAACCACCACUGUCUCCACUGAGUCCCAGAGUGUAAGAAGCAGUGCUGUUACCUCUCUCACCACGAUGACCAAGACCGUGGUAACACGUGUGACCUCCCCAGUCCCUCACGGCAUGACAACGAGCCACGCUUCCUUCAGUGAAGACCGGAGGACCACGACGACAUCUGUUACAACGGACUCCUCAUCUUCGCUUGUCUCCGUGACGAUUAGCCAGGAGCAUUCCACACGGGACAGGGUGCAGCUGCUUAAGUUCACCCGCACUAAGAAGACCCGGUCGGGUACAGCGUUGCCUUCAUACCGCAAGUUUGUCACCAAGAGCAGCAAGAAGAGCAUCUUCGUCCUGCCCAGUGAUGAACUAAAAAAGCUGGCAAGGCGAGGUGGUAUCCGUGAAGUUCCAAUCUUCAGCUACAAUGCUAAGCCAGCCUUGGACAUUUGGCCAUACCCUUCCCCUAGACCAACUUUUGGCAUCACCUGGAGGUACCGGCUUCAGACGGUGAAGACGUUAGCUGGCGUGAGUCUGAUGCUAAGGCUGCUCUGGGCCUGUCUUCGUUGGGAUGACAUGGCUGUUAAACCCUCCUCCGCUGCCGGGACCACCCGCACAGAAACGUCAGACACAGAGAUCACUACGACGGAGAUCAUUAAGCGCAGAGAUGUUGGACCGUAUGGGAUCAGGUCGGAAUACUGUAUCCGGAAGAUCAUUUGUCCGCUUGGAGUUCCAGAAGCACCUAAGGAGACCCCCACACCUCAAAGAAAGGGUCUUCGCUCCAGUGCCCUGAGACCCAAAAGGCCCGAGUCAACCAAGCAGACAGGACCCAUCAUCAUCGAGACUUGGGUGGCUGAGGAGGAGCUGGACCUCUGGGAAAUCCGAGCGUUUUCCGAGCGGGUGGAGAAGGAGAAAGCCCAGGCCGCGGAGCAGGCCAAGGUUAGUGUUCGGAGGAGAGCUGUGGAGCAGCAGCAGCAGAAACGCCUGGACCAGCAGAAGCAGGGCACCAGUGCCUCAUCAACUGCCACCCCUUCAGCCAGCCCCUCCACCCCUACCUCUUCCAAGGUCAUGGUAGGCUCCUUAACCAGCCACGUCACCCCCGGAACCAAAGUGGUAUUGGCAACCAAGAUGGGCACACCUGUGACAUUCCAGCAGAACAAGAACUUCCAGCAGACCUUUGCUACUUGGGUCAAGCAAGCAGUGUCCACCAGCACUGUCACCACCGUGGCCACGACAACUGGGCAGACGUUCCAGAUCACUGGCAGCCCCGUGUCCGUGGCUGGCAAAGUCAUCACUACCAAGCUGCCUCUGCCCGCCAACAGCAAGAUUGUCACCGUCAACGUGCCAACCACUCAAGGAGGUGUGAUCCAGCAAAAAGUUCUUGGCAUCAUUCCAUCCACCACUGCCAGCAACCAGCAGACCUUCACCUCAUUCCAGCCAAGAACCACCACCAUCAACAUCAGACCCAGCGCCCAAGGCUCUCCCACCCAGCAGCAGGUUAUAACAGCUGGAGGUCAAAUUCGGCCUGGCAUGACCGUGAUCCGGACCCCCAUACAACAAGGUGCCACCCUAGGGAAGACCAUUCUCCGGACACCUCUGGUGGUACAGCAAGGCCAAACCCAGCAGGUGGUAACCCAGAUCCUACAUGGGCAGCCAGGCUCUAGUACAAGCCCUGUGACCCCACGGGUAGCGGGAGCAAGCCCCCAGACGCCGGCGGGCCCCAGACCUCAACAGGGUCAGGUCAAGCUCACACUGGCCCAGCUUACACAGCUCACCCAGGGAGCACAGAAGCAGCAAGGAGCAGCAGUGGAAAGACCACAGGGAGCCAAUCAGGGUUUGACGGUGAUGAUCCAGGGCCAGGGUCAGACCACAGGUCAACUGCAGGUCAUUCCUCAGGGAGUGACCGUCAUCCCCGGCCCAGGGCAGCAGCUCAUGCAGGCGGCCUUACCCAACGGCCAGGUCCAGCGUUUCCUCUUCACCCCCAUGCCCGCCACGCCCGCAUCCACCACCACUGCUCCAACAGCAGCGGGUCAAGCCCAGCCGUCCCAGCCUAACCUCCAGACGACCACAGCCACACACACGCCCCAGUCUCCCGCCCUGCCUGCCCAGCAAGCCGCCGCCCCGGUCCAGGCCGGCGCUUUGGCGCCCCCGACCCCUCCGGCUACCCCUCAGGCCCAGCUGCCCCCGCACCUCCAAGCCCAAAUGCCCAUCCAGUCGCCCACCCCCUUACAGGUCAAGGCCACCGCCGUCGCUCAGGGCACGACCGCCCUCCAGCAACAACAGACGGGCACUGCUGCACCGCAAGUGAGGCCCCAGGUGCAGCUGCACCCUCAGGCCCAGCUCAUCACGGUGCCCAUCAAGCUGCAGCUGCCCAUCCAGAUCCAGCAGCAGCCGGCCGCAGCGGCGGCGGCCGGCGUAAGCGGCCAGACGCAGCCGCACCAGAUCCAGAACGUGGUCACCAUCCAGACGGCCAGCGUGCAGGAGCAGCUCCAGCGCAUCCAGCAGCUGCGUGAGCAGCAGCAGCAAAAGAAGAGGCAGCAGCAGGAGACCAAACGCGAGCAGGUCCAGCAGGCCUCCAGCCAGAGCCAGCUUAUACAGAAACAGGUGGUGAUGAAACAGAACGCAGCCAUCGAGCACCUGAAGCAGAAGAAGAGCAUGUCGGCGGCCGAGCGUGAGGAGAACCAGAGAAUGAUUGUAUGCAAUCAAGUGAUGAAGUUCAUCCUAGACAAGAUCGACAAAGGCGAACGCCAGGCAGCUAAAAAGAGGAAGCGAGAAGAGACGGUGGAACAGAAACGUAGUAAACAGAACGCCACUAAACUCUCAGCGCUGCUCUUCAAACACAAGGAACAACUCAAGGCUGAGAUUCUGAAGAAGAGAGCCCUUUUAGACAAAGAGCUUCAACUAGAAGUUCAGGAGGAGCUGAGUAGGGACCUACAGAAGCUGAGACGAGAGAAGGAGAAAGCCCAGGCUGCGGCCUCUCAAGCAGCAGCUGCCGCCGCCGCCGCCCAAGCCGCGGGCUUGAGCUCCGCCGUCACCUCACCCUCCGGACACAAACGCAAGCGCGAAGACGAGAGGGAGGCGGCAGCCGCCAAGGCCAAGAAGAAGAAGAUGAUCUCGACUACCUCACGGGAAACCAAGAAGGACACCAAGCUCUACUGCAUCUGCAAAACGCCCUAUGACGAAUCAAAGUUCUAUAUCGGGUGUGAUCUCUGCACGAACUGGUAUCACGGUGAUUGUGUGGGCAUCACGGAGAAGGAGGCCAAGAAAAUGGACGACUACAUCUGCAGCGAGUGUAAACGAGCACAAGAAGGCAGCACGGAAGAGCUCUACUGUAUCUGCAGGACUCCAUACGACGAAGCACAGUUUUACAUUGGCUGUGACCGCUGUCAGAACUGGUAUCACGGCCGGUGUGUGGGCAUCUUGCAGAGCGAGGCCACGCAUAUCGAUGAGUACGUGUGCCCACAGUGCCAGUCUACUGAGGAUGCCAUGACCGUCCUCACGCCGCUCACAGACAAGGACUACGAGGGCCUUCGACGGAUUCUGCGCUCUCUGCAGGCUCACAAAAUGGCAUGGCCUUUCCUCGAGCCAGUGGAUCCAAACGACGCACCGGACUACUAUGGAGUCAUUAAGGAACCCAUGGACCUCUCUACAAUGGAAGACAGGCUGUUGAAGCGUUAUUAUGUCAAGCUAACAGAGUAUGUGGCAGAUAUGACCAAAAUCUUUGACAACUGCCGCUACUACAACCCCAGUGACUCGCCUUUCUACCAGUGUGCGGAGAUUCUGGAGUCCUUCUUUGUCCAGAAACUCAAAGCUUUCAAAGCAAGCAGGUCUCAAAACAACAAGCUACAGUCUACGGCCUCUUAACCUACACAACCAAUAAGUUCUCUUAAAGUUACUCUGUUGCAAGAAUGUGAUUUCACCCACCUUAUAAUCCCAACGUUGAAGCCAGGCUACCCUCUGCCUGUCCAUCACGUACGACUGCGGGAA